CAUGAUACAACAACUUAACUUGAAAUAUUGUGUGGUUGGAGUGAUGAUGAUGAAUGGUGUAGUUUAUGCGGUGUUGAUGGUGCAGCUACUUGCAUGGACCAGCAGUGCAGUGGCGGUGCCAAGCGUGAAGUGCAUUGAGAGUGAAAGGCAAGCUCUGCUUUCUCUCAAACGUGGCUUCAAUGUCACCCAUGAUGAUGAUUGGCUGUCUUCAUGGGGAGAUGGGGAGCAGCAGAAGGAGUGUUGCAUCUGGGAAGGCGUCAAGUGCAGCAAUGUAACUGGCCAUGUUAUCAUGCUUGAUCUUCAUGUUGAUCCCUUUGAUGGUAUGACAGUUGAAUCCAUAAGCCCAUCACUGGGGGAGUUACAUCAUUUGAAGUAUUUGGACCUUAGUGGUCAUCACUUUACUCACACUCCAUCCAUCCCUCCUUUCAUUGCCUCUUUAACCUCUUUGACACACCUCAAUCUCUCUUCUUGUUCCUUCACUGGAAAGAUACCCCCUCAAUUGGGAAAUCUGCUCUUCCUCGAGUAUCUUGAUCUUGGACGGAAUGCAUUUGAUUAUUCGCAACGAAUCCCUUCUCAAUUCUCAAAUCUCUCCCAUUUAGUGUACCUUGAUCUUAGUUUCAAUUAUCUGGUUGGAGAAUUCCCUCUUCAACUCACAAAUAUGUCAUCCUUGACAUAUUUGGAUCUUAGUGAUAAUAACUUCAAUGGAACACUGCCUCCUCAGCUUGGAAACCUCUUAUCCUUGGAACAUCUUGAUCUCAGUGGAAAUGCAUUCACCGGAACUAUUCCUAGUCAAUUCAAAAAUAUUUCCCGUUUGCAGUAUCUUGACCUCUCUUUGUUGGACAAAACCGUGCCAAUAAAUUCUGAUUUACAAUGGCUGUCUCAACUUUCAACCAUGAGGUAUCUUUCGCUUCCUUGGGUGAAUCUCAGUAGUGCCAGCAAUUGGCAACAAGUGAGUAGCCUUUCUCAUCUUCAAUAUUUAGACUUGAAUGGUUGCAAUCUUGUCGAUACUGUUCCCACUUCAUCACUUGCAUCCCCUGCUAAUUUCUCCACUUCUCUCUCAUAUGUGGAUAUCUCUUACAACUCUCUAAGGGACGCAUCCUUCAUAUUCCCAUGGUUAAUGAAUUCCACUGGUAGCCUUGUCACUCUCAGAAUGAAUGAUAAUGGUUUAACAGGAAUCAUUCCAGAAACAUUCGGGGACUUGAGCUCCCUUGAGGAGUUAAAUCUUUCAAAUAAUGAGCUCAAAGGCCAAAUACCUCUAUCCUUGUUUCAUAGUUGCAAUUUGGUAGAACUAAACCUAUCCAAGAACAAGUUGACAGGGGAGUUUCAUGAAUAUAUUCGAGAGUUUUCUCGUUGUGCUCAUAAACCCUUAAAAUUGUUGGAUAUGGGAUGGAAUGAAAUUACGGGGAUGGUGUCUGACCUCUCUCAGCUUCAAUCUUUGGAAGAGUUACGACUUGGUAACAACAGAUUAAAUGGAAGCAUACAUGAAGGUAUUGGACAACUAUCCAACUUAACUGACUUAAGCCUUGGAAAUAACUUGUUGAAAGGUUUGAUAUCUGAAACUCAUUUCUCAAGACUUUACUAUCUUGAGUCUUUGGAUUUGUCUCAUAAUGCAUUAGUUUUUAAUGUUAGCGACGACUGGGUUCCCCUUUUUAAUUUAAGUAACAUUUAUUUGGCCUGUUGCAAGCUGGGGCCUAACUUUCCAACAUGGCUUCAUACCCAAACCAUGAUUGAAAAUUUGGAUAUUUCCUGUGCUGGAAUUUCUAGCACUGUUCCUAAUUGGUUUUGGGAACCCCUUUCUCAGAUGUUGAAUUUGAAUAUUUCUCACAACCGUUUUCGAGGAAAAAUUGAAAGCCGAAUUCUACCAGCUAUUGUUUCUGACCAACCUCGUUCAAUUGAUUUGAGCUUCAAUUUAUUUGAAGGCCCAAUUCCAGCAUUUCUUUCAACUACUUCACAAACUUUUUUGUCUAAUAACAGAUUUUCAAUUGCAAAUCCUCUUUUAUGUGCAAACUCGACCAAAAACAUGAGAUUUAUGGAUUUGUCAAACAACGACCUUAGAGGAGAACUUUCGGAUUGUUGGAGGGGUUUUGAGUCAUUGGUAGUCCUAGAUUUAUCCAAUAAUCAGUUUUAUGGAAGCAUGCCAAAGUCUCUGGGGUCAUUAAGAAAUAUCCAGUCAAUACAUUUAGGAGGGAAUAAUUUUUCAGGAGAGAUACCAUCAUCCUUGCAUAAUUGCACACAACUACAAAUUUUUGAUGCUGCACGUAAUAAGUUGUCAGGAACAAUACCAAGCUGGAAUGGGGAUAAUAUUCCAAAGCUACUUGUACUUAGCUUACAUUCCAAUAAGUUUCAUGGAAACAUUCCAUUAAGCAUGUGCAAUCUCGAUGAACUUCGUGUCUUGGACCUCUCUUUAAAUAUUCUGUCUGGCAGUAUACCUAAAUGCAUAAGUAAUCUGUCUGCUAUGGCCACUCAAGAAAAAUCAAAUGCAACCAUUACCCAUGAUUAUCAUUAUGAAUAUCGCAAUGAGUUUAGCCGUGAUGACGCUAUAAGUGAAGUUUCCGGAGUUUAUAAUGAUAGCGCAUCACUGACAUGGAAAGGGAAAAUGUCAAAAUAUGGAAGCACCCUGGGAUUGUUGAGAAGUAUUGAUUUCUCCAGCAACAGGUUAACAGGGGAAAUACCAAGUGAGGUGAUGAGUCUUAUUGGCUUGGUUUCUUUAAAUCUUUCAAGAAACUUGUUUAGUGGACACAUUCCUCCAACUAUUGGACAACUGAAGUCAAUAGAUUUUCUUGAUCUAUCCAGAAAUCAUUUGUCAGGAACAAUUCCUUCACAGCUUGUUCAGAUUGACGAUCUCAGUGUUCUUGACUUGUCAUAUAAUGAUUUAUCCGGAGAAAUCCCACUUGGCACGCAGCUUCAAACCAGGGAUGCCUCUGCUUAUGAAGGAAAUCCAAAACUUUGUGGUGCUCCCCUCAACAAAACUUGUCCCAUACAUGGUCACCAGAUCAGUGAACAUGAUGCUGAUGGUGAUGAUGAACAAUUUGUAAACGAGGGGUUCUACAUUGCUAUGGCUGCUGGAUUUGUUACGGCAUUUUGGGGAGUGUGCUUCUCAUUGAUUUUGAAGAAAUCUUGGAGAUAUGCUUAUUUCAAGUUGUUGAGUGAUGUCUAUGACAACCUCUAUGUAUUUACAGCGAUCAAGGUGGCCAAACUAAAAAGGAUCAGAUCUCAAAUAUGAAGGCAAAAGAGUAGACAGUAUCUUGUGUUGAAAAGAUAAAGCUUUGUUUGUGAUACAGCAGGAAUCUUCAUGCAUGUGUAUCCAUUUGGAAGGAGACCAAUAACAUUUAGCGAUGCAGCUAAUAUAAUAAGUGUUAUGUUUGCAUAUUCUAGCUUUUUAAAGGUUUUCUGCUGUAGCUGCAGGGUGGAAGUGUGAUUCACCUAUAUCGCAUAGUGUUUGUUAUAUUGGUGUCAUUGUAAAACUUGGCCUUCUUUUAUUGCUGUAAUUUAUUUUCAGGGACGAAUGACGAUAUUAAGUGUUAGUUAUUGUGGUAGUGCUUGUAGUCGUAGACUUGUGGUAGUUCUGUUUUAUUCAGUUCAUGCUUUACCAAAUCUGUAUGCUGAAUCACGAUAUUUUCUUAUA